AAAACAACAAAACCAAAAUCCGAGCGCCGAAUCAAUAAAAUAAAAGCAACGACUGGUCGGUCCCUGGCCUGGCCCUGCCCACGGACUCGAGUCAAGCAGGCAACCUUUACAAUAUCUACUCCCGCAAGCCAUGCAACAAUAACAAAUAAGCGACGCGCGGAGCGAGAGGAUAAAGAACGCAACCGACGGCAAGAAAUCUGCAUAAUGAAGCGUAAUACGCAAAUGGUGUGGAGUUCUGAUUGGGCUCGGAUUCAGGCCCCGUAUUGAGGAAGGCUGGGCUUCCGUGGCAACGCAAUUCUCAAUUGGGGUAUGCAAAGUAAAAGCCAUCAUUACUCAGGCCAAAAGGAACUGAAAACUCGAGAGAUUCGUUUAAUAAAGAGACAAAAGACGAAAAUAUGGCAGAUUAUAUAGAUGUCUCGACUGCUCUGACUGCCAUCCAUGGAACUGCACCACCCAGCACAGUUUUCCCCCUAUCUUUUGGCAAGCACAAUCGCUGUCAAGCACGGAGCCUGGCAACAAGAUUUUCCCUGCUGUUGGCUGCACCUGCUCCAAACAAACCGCAGUUUAUGAAAACCAAAAGCCAAGUAAACUGAUGCCCAUGCGUUGCUGCCAAUGGCAAAAACAGGAAAUGUGUAUAAGGCAAAACCAAAGCCAAACCCAAACCCAAACCAAACCCCCAACCAUGGCAGCGACUAUAAGGAAACGCCACCCAACACAACCCAACCCAACUCAAUCCAAUCCCCGAUCAGCAUCAGCAUCAGCGUCAACCCAACAGCAAGCCCAACUCCACGCAAACGAAGUCAAAACCCAUUCAACAACAGUUUCGCAUAAUUGUAAAUUCAAGUGGAAAUGAAUGAAUUUAUGCUGAACUCGACAGAAAAUACCAGCAGGCGAUUGUUGCUGUUGCCAUUGCCAUUGCUGUUGCUGUUGGUACGGUCCCAGAGCAGGUAACAGGUAACAGGCAACAGCGAAGAAGGUAACGGACGCUGAUGGCAAUGACGAUGACGAUGGUGGCAAUGCUAACGGUUACGUUCCCGAAUGGCGCACAAACAAUAUGGCGCCACAGUCAGGGUCGGAAUGGCAGCUAUAGUGGGUGGCGCAGUUUGUGGGGGGUGGGAUAUGGAGCUGCCACGGAAUCACGUUGCUUGCAUAUUUUCAUUCAUUCAUUUCAACGUCAACGUCUGCCGGGUACGGGGACGGGGACAAUACGAGUGGAGUUAUGGAAUGCAUAACGGGCUGUUCUACUCCCCUUCUGUGCUCUUACUUCUCCAUCUGUAUCUGUAUCUGUGAACUCCAACAGCAUUUGAAUGCGCUCACUUCUGGCUGUAGAAGAAGGCGCGUGCCAAAGCGAAAGGAUGAGCCAAAAGAGAGAGAGCCCCCGACAAUGGCAAUGCCCAGCAACCUCAAAGGGAUGCAUGUGGAUGAUUAUGAUGUUAUGUUGAGCUCUCAAAGCAGCCACAAAUUGCUGGAAGUUCUGCACGUGACCCAUGCUAAAUGUCCACAGCCAAAAGCCAUUGCACCCGAUCAAAAAUGCAGCUAAACGGCUUGGAUGAUAGAACAGGGAUGAAGAACAAGUUCUACAACUUGAUUUGGAUAAAUAAGGAUUUUAAGGAUAUUAAAUGCAAAUUGUAAAAUAGACGGCAAUCGAGCGUGCGAGAGAACCUCACAGAUACAAUAUCCGUUGGAUACAGCCAUGCAUCAGCCAUGGUGAAUGAGUACUAAACUUAACUCCUGUAAUGGUGCCACUGAACCGUAGCUAGAUUCUAGUUCUUCGACUUUGGACUGAUAAUUCGCUUGACAGAGUCCUGGCAACCUUGGCAACUUGGCCAUACAAAUAUUGUUCCAACGAACUGAGCUCGUAAUCAGACAGAUAGAAACAGCUCGGAACAUGUGCUGAAAAGUUUUCAGUCCCCAGCAAAUUUCGUUCACACGUAACUCGGUUUGGCCAAACACUUUUGACAUCGGUGCUCUGGACAAAGUUGGUUGCCAAAGGUAGCCAAAGGUAGCUGGGUGCCUGGGAGCGUAACAUGCGAAUCAAAUUCAAAGUUGGGAGCAAUAUUGGUGGGUCAAGGGCUGGGGAGCAAAAAGGAACAGUCGCAACCAGUCGAAGAACCUGGGCCACAUCGUCUAUGCAGAACCGCGUCACCUGUCUGACAAUUAUUUGACAAUUAUUUACACUUACGAGUGUAAAUGGCACAAAGGGGUCCGAUAAGCUCCAACUGCCAUCCAGUUCGUAUAAAAAGAUGGCACUGUGCCGUUUUUCAAUCCAGUCAUAAUGUUCAGAGUUAAGGAGCUGCUGCUGUCGCGCGAGAUCUUCGAAACGCCCAUCCUGCGCCUCCAUCUGCGCUGCUUUCGCUUCUACGGCUAUUUGUCGUCCAAGUACCAGCGCAGGCCCUGGCUGUCCCAGUUGCGCUGCAUCCUUUUCACGGCCUCCAUCUGGGUGAGCUGUGUCCUGAUGCUGGCACGCGUCUUUCAAGGCUACGAAAGACUCAACGAUGGAGCGACGACCUGCGCCACCGCCUUCCAGUACGUAGCCGUGUCUAUUGCCACACUAAACGCCGUCGUGCAACGGAAGCGGGUUGUUUCUAUGUUGCGUGAGGUCCAUGCGGAUAUGCAAAGUCUGUUGCUCGAGGCGGACGAUCAGGAACUGGAACUUGUGUUGUCUACACAGAAAUACACUCGGAAUUUCACUGUAAUUCUGUGGGCUUCUUCGAUAGUAGCCGGGCUUAUGGCCUAUUCCGACUGCCUCUAUCGGACACUCUUCAUGCCGCAGACCGUCUUUAACAUGCCAGCCGUGCGUGCUGGGGAGGAGCAGCCCAUUCUUCUUUUCAAGCUAUUUCCGUUUGGCGAGCUGUACGACAACUUUCUGAUCGGCUUUCUGGGACCCUGGUAUGCCCUAGGGCUGGGCAUCACAACUAUUCCACUGUGGCACACCUUCAUCACUUGCCUCAUGAAGUAUGUGCACCUAAAGCUGCAGAUACUCAACAAGCGGGUGGCGGGGAUGGAUAUCACGCGCCUCAAUCCGUUCUUAGACCCGGAUCGCCUGACACCCACUCAGCUGGCCCGCUGGCAAAUGCGGCUCAUCAAGAAGUUCGUUAAGGAGCAUCUGAAGAUCCGUAGGUUCGUCAAGGAGCUGGAGCAGCUUAUCUGUGUGCCCGUCAUGGCCGACUUCAUCAUCUUCUCCAUUCUCAUAUGCUUUCUAUUUUUUGCCUUGAGUGUUGGGACCCCUAGCAAAAUGGACUCCUUUUUUAUGUUCAUCUAUAUAUUUGUCAUGGCAUCGAUUCUCUGGAUCUACCAUUGGCAUGCUACACUUAUUUUUGAAUGCCACCAGGAAUUGCCCUUUGCCUAUUACUCAACCCCGUGGUACGAGUACGAGCGUCCCGUUCAACGAACGCUUCUCAUUAUGAUAGUCCACGCCCAGAGGCCGUUGCGAAUGCGUGCCCUGAUGGUCGAGUUGGGUAUAGGCACCUUCAUAGACAUUGUACGAGGGGCCUACAGCUACUUUAACCUCUUGAGUCAGAUAUAUUAGACCAAAAGCCAUUCCCACGGGCUGGACCCCUAUAAAAGGGGUAUAUUUUAAUCGUACAUAAAUAUAUA